AUGUAUCUACAAAAAACAGACUAUCUUUUAUGUGUUGAUUACCAUUCCGAAUUCAUAGAAAUUAAGAAAUUGACAAAGAAAACAGCAGAGCCAGUUAUCAAUGCACUGAAACAAAUUUUUAGGACACAUGGUAUACCACGCAGGUUGCAUUCUGAUAAUGGUCCACCGUUCGAUAGUAGACUUUUCCAAAAUUUUACUAAGUCGUAUGACAUAGAGCCUGUAACAUCGUCACCUAAGUAUCCAAAAUCAAAUGGAAUGGUAGAGAAAGCUAUUGGAACGAUGAAAUCAAUUUUACUAAAAGUUAUUAGAAGCAAAGGAGAUCCCAACCUAGCAGUACUGGAAUACAACAGCACUCCAAAAUCCAGUUUGUUAUCACCGUCAGAAAUGCUUAUGGGACGAAGACUUAGAACUAAAGAAUAUUAUGACAGAUCAGCUGUAAAACUGUCAACUCUAAAGAAAAAUCAACCAGUUUUCGUACAGCUAGGGCACCGAGAUUGGGCCCCAGGGACAGUUAUAGAAAAGUUAAAUACACCCAGAUCUUACUUAGUGAAAACAGCGGCAGGAAGUGAACUUCAAAGAAAUAGAAUUCACCUUAGACCAGAUGAGAGUAAAGAAAACAUGGAGUUGGAUGUAGAUAAGGAAAAAUUAAAAUCACCAUGCACCCAAAUAGUAAGAGAGGAUUCAUCUGAAAAUCCAACUGAGACUCUGCCUGAUAAUGUCUCAACCCCCAAACGAGAAAAACGCAUAAUAAGAAGACCCCUCAGGUUCCAGGACUAUGUUUAA